AUUUGAUUCCUUUUUUCUUAUGUAGAAAUGAUAGUAAUGGAAAUGCUGAGUAGUUCUAGUGGAUCUAAAAGAAUAAACGAAGACCUUGCAUGCUUUACUUCUGGCUCUAUAAAUAAUGGUGCAAAAAAGAUUCGAACUGAUCGAAUAAACAGCGACCAAGUCUCGAAAGUUAUUCACAUUCGAAGUUUACCAAGUGAUGUGUCAGAGCAAGAAGUGAUUCAACUCGGCCUUAGCUUUGGUAAAGUCACAAACUUGCUUAUGUUAAAAGGUAAGAACCAAGCUUUUCUUGAAAUGGAAAACUCCGAAGUAGCAAGAGAGAUGGUGAAUGAAUGUGCUAUAAGUCCACCAACCAUUAGACAGCGGGUGCUCUAUGUUCAAUAUUCAAACCACAAAGAGCUUAAGACCGAUAGCUCACCAAAUCAAGUUAAGGCCCAAGCAGUUUUGCAGGCAAUGCAGCAAACAGAAGGCGGACCAAAUCAUGUUUUAAGGGUAGUAGUUGAGAAUAUGCUUUAUCCCAUCACUUUAGAUGUCUUGCACACUAUUUUUACAAAGUUUGGGGUGGUACUAAAGACAAUCACUUUUACAAAGAACAAUCAGUUCCAGGCACUUUUGCAAAUGGGUGAUGCUAUUCAGUCUCAAACUGCUAAACUGUCUUUGGACGGCCAGAAUAUAUACAACGGUUGUUGCACAUUACGAAUUGAGUACAGCAAACUUCCAGCACUCAAUGUAAAAUACAAUAACGAUAAAAGUAGAGACUACACCCGCAAUGAUUUACCAUCUGGUGAAAGUUCAAUUCUCAACAACCCGCCUUCAUCUUUGCAGUCCAUACUGUCAAGCUCUGCUGGUCUCAUGCCCACACCAUACUCUAAUAAUGCCGCAGCAAGCAUUGCUGCCGCCUUGCAGCAAUCUCAACUCAACACACUGUCUAAUGCUGUUAGCUCAAGAAGUGCGAUCAACAACGCAGCAGUUGCUGCACAGCUCGCCAAUUUGAUCAACAGUGGUGGAAGCACAAGCAGCAGCAUGCCCAGUAGUGGCACGUCUGUGCUACAUGUGUCAAACCUGAAUGAAGAUAUGAUAUCACCACAGAUACUCUUCACGUUGUUUGGGGUGUAUGGUGAUGUGAUCAGAGUUAAGAUAAUGUUCCAGAGAAAGAGCAACGCCCUUAUCCAGAUGAACGAUAACACGCAAGCGCAUGUUGCCAUGAAGCAUCUUCACGGUGUCAAAUUGUUCGGCAAUUCCUUGCAGGUAGUGACCUCGAAGCACAGCCAGGUGCAAAUGCCACGUGAGGGACAAGAUAUAGGAAACCUUACACAAGACUUCUCCAAUUCACCUCUUCAUCGAUUCAAAAAGCCAGGUUCAAAGAAUUUUCAGAACAUAUAUCCACCUUCAGAAGUGUUGCACUUGUCCAAUAUUCCCAAUGACGUGACAGAAGAGUUUUUAAAGGACAGUUUUGCGGCCUUUGGCAAAGUGCACGGGUUCAAGUUCUUUGCCAAAGACAGAAAAAUGGCCUUGAUUCAGAUGUCUACCGUGGAGGAGGCGGUGAAAUCUCUUGUGAUGAUGCACAACUUCCGUCUCUCCGAUACUAACCAUCUUCGUGUCUCCUUUUCCAAGAGCCAAAUUUAGCUGCUUAACUUUUGCUGUUUAGUGAUAUAAUCAGUACCAACGCUGCCUGACAUGGCAUGCAUGGGUAACGUUGUCAUGUCGGUGACAAUUUGCUACACUGAAAACAAAAACGACAGCUGUUGAUAAAACAGAUUGGAUUUAUUCGGAAUGUGACAUUGUAGAAGCAUGAUAGUGUUUGGUGUGGUGCAACAGACGGACUCUUAGUUAUCAUUACCUAGAUAUGUACUUUAGUAAAUUGCGCAUUCUUUUAACCAAAGCAUUCCUUGUCCAUGCAGUUAUUUUGUUCUUAAUCUUUUGUUUUGAAGCCAACAUUCCUAAAAAAAUUAAUUCAUAUAAAAAUAUCCCAUUAAAUCUUUGUUUACACAUUCCAUUCCAAAAAUUAACAGAUGCUUUGAUCCAUUGUAUAUAAUUGCAAAUUUACAUGUGGCUUGGUUUGGAUAAGAAUGUGUUUGUUAAAAUAACAUUCAUAAUUUGUUAAAAUACUCUUCAUGUGCUGUAGCAAUCACCAUUACAACUGCAAAUUACUUUUUUUUACGUAUACAUAAUGCAAACAUGACCUAGUACCGUACAAAUCAUGCAGCCUUUUAUGAGUUGCUGCUGCAUGUUAUUUCUCUUAUAAAUUACACCUCGUCCUUAUCCCUGCUGAAACUAAAUAAAAACUAUUUUAUCAUUAUCCAAGAUCAACCAUCUACCACUGCGUUUUGUAUCGUAUUUUCUCGCUGUCAACAUUUUAUUUUUUUAUCUUUACUUUGUCUUUUCCCAUUGCGGGAUUUUCAACAAUGCCUUGAAAAUUUUGUUUCCCAGAAUUUGUGUAUUUUUGUCUAUGUGGCACACCAUAAUGCAGCAUAUAAAUAAAUGCUUGGUUAUUUAAAAAGUAGUAUACUAAACAAGUAACACAUUAAAUAGUAACACAUCACCAACUAAACAAUUUAGGCAAAAAUUGCCUUAAAAGCUUUUUAUUGGUUUUUUAAAAUUAAUGGCUGGAUUUUAAUUGAACCCAAGAUAUCCCAAACAGGACACUAUAGAAUUUGUUACAUUGGUGUUAAAUUGAUUUUAAUUUGUUUGUUUUACAUCAGUUAACAAAUUGAUUGUGUUACCUUUUUUUACAGUAUUGAAAAACUGUAAAAGGGUUUCAUAAUUUAUUUCCGAAUUAUGGUGUUCAUGAUAUUUACAAUUAUUAAAACUGUGUAUCACUUUUUUAAAUACAAAAUUUCUGUUGUUAUAUAAUACUAUCAAUCUCACAUUGUGAUGCAUUUGUGCCAUGUAUAUAUUAUAAAACUUUGUUUAAAAAACUGCCGUUCAAUCUUUGUAGACCUUACAUAACUGUUGCAUGUGUGUUGAUGUAUUAUUAAAUAUAUGUAUGCAUGUGUGAAUGAUAAGUACUGUUCAAAUACGUUGCAUUAACUAUAUGUUCAAACCUGGGUAUAUUGAUUCACACUAUUUUCUGAUAUUCUAAUUGACUCAUACAUAGUACUGAAUUCGUAAAUUAUGUAACAAUCCCUUUCACAAGUCUGCAUAAGUAUUGGUUCUUUCUCUCUUUGCUGGUGGUGCUCGAAACAGCUGUUCUACUUGACCCCAUGACAUGUUUCAAGUGCUGUACUUUUGUUUACUUGUUCGCCGCGUGUAAAUACUUCCAAAUUGCCACGUGUAUAACUCCCAGCUCCUACACAUCAGUGGCAUCUAUUAAUAGCCACCCUUAUCCCAUACACUCCAUGGAUCAUCUGGGUACUAAGCUGGUUAUUGCACGUCUUCUCUUCUAUCUUUUCAGUUUAAAAUCUCUCAUUCUUCAUUCUUUCCAUGCAUCGAAAAACUUGGAAAAGAGUCUCUUAUUAUUUUUUAUCUCCACUACAUUUUUUCGUUAACCAGUGUUUGGUCUUAACAGCAAAACUAUUUUAACUGUUGCUUAAGUAUGUUCCUUGUUUAUCAUUUGUUCUCAAAUUUGAAUGUAG